AUGUUGACCAAGUGCACAGCUCUAACCAUUUGGCUAUUGGCCAGCUUGGCAUCUGUCAACCCGGCGGAAAUGGAUUGCUCGAAACGUUUGGAUUUGAAUACCGUGUCAAGCUGCUGUCCGAGACCCAAUCUAAAUUUUGAUGCAUUCCGGCCGAGCUGUGGCAAGUUCAUGCAAGAAGGCAAGCCCAAGAUCUCACCAUGUCUUUUUGAGUGUAUCUUCAAUUCGAACAAUGUGUUGGAUGGCAUGGAACUCAAUGAGCCAAAUGCACGUAAAGUACUGCAGGAUAUGUUGGGCUCUAAUAAGGACUUUCUUGAUAUCUAUAUGGAAUCUAUGCGGAACUGCUCGGCAAACAAGGAGACGCUGAUGAAGCUUGGUGCACCGCCGAAAAUAUAUUUGCCCAUUGCCCAGCGACCAGUUGGCGAUCAAGUCAAUCAUAUCAUAUUUGUGAUCUCAUAG